GCCGGUUGGCGAGUCCCGCGUGUCGCCGGCGCCUGGGCCUUCCACUUGCUCCCGCAGUCCUGCGUGAGGAGGCGGGGACGCCGGCCUCAGCGCCGCCUCCCCGCGGUCUCGCGGCCUGGAGCGCCCCGCCAGCUCCAAGGGCCGGGACGCGGGCGGGCAUCCCGGAGGCGGGGACGGGAGCAGGAGGCGCGGGGCCAGAGGAGGGAGCCCGGCCGGCUGCGGAGCUCGGCGUCGCGGCUCCCUCCAGCAGGUGGCGCCGGGUGGUGCACGGUGGGGACCGAGGCUCGGCCUCUUCGCGGGGCUGAGGGAUGAGUCCUGCUGCAUGGUCCAGUGUCCCGCGCCCCCAGCCCGGGUCCGACCUGGGUAUCUCCAAAAGUACGAAAGUUCUCGUGCCUGCUUGUCCCCAGGCGUCGGGGAUUGGCUAUCAGAUUUUCAUACGGAGAAACUAUUUCUAUUUUAUGAUUUAUGCCAGACGCAGAGAGAACUUUCUUCAGAUGCUCACAAAAUUCAGGAAUCUUGGGAAGCUAAAAUGCGGCAUAAUCAGAUGUGUUGUGAGACACCACCUACUGUCACUGUUCAUGUAAAAUCAGGUUCAAAUAGGUCACAUCAAACUAGAAAACCUAAUAGUCUGAAGCGUCCUAUUCUUAAAGAUAGUUGGCAAGCCUCUGAAAACAAUGCACAUAAUAACAAAUCUAAGCGGCCCAGAGGGCCUUGUCUAGUUAUACAGCGUCAGGAAAUGACUGCUUUCUUUAAAUUAUUUGAUGAUGAUUUAAUUCAAGAUUUCUUGUGGAUGGACUGCUGCUGCAAAAUUGCAGACAAGUAUCUUUUGGCUAUGACCUUUGUUUAUUUCAAGAGAGCUAAAUUUACUAUAAAUGAGCAUACCAGGAUAAAUUUCUUUAUUGCUCUGUAUCUGGCUAAUACAGUUGAAGAAGAUGAAGAAGAAGCCAAGUAUGAAAUUUUUCCGUGGGCUUUAGGGAAAAACUGGAGAAAAUUGUUCCCUAAUUUCUUAAAGUUAAGGGACCAGCUGUGGGACAGAAUUGACUAUAGGGCUAUCGUAAGCAGGCGGUGCUGUGAAGAGGUUAUGGCCAUUGCACCAACCCAUUACAUCUGGCAACGAGAGCGGUCUGUGCAUCACAGUGGAGCUGUUAGGAACUACAACAGAGAUGAAGUUCAUCUGCCCAGAGGACCUAGUGCCACACCAGUGGAUUGCUUACUGUGUGGUAAAAAAGGAAGAUACGUGAGACUGGGACUGUCUUCAUCAUCAUCUUCAUCCAGUGACACAGUAGAACUUAUGGAAAAACGUUCUCAGGAAUUGCACAAUUCAUUAUCAAUGGACAUGAUAGGUGAUCCUUCUCAAGCUAAUACCUAUUCUCAAGUAGCCAAUGACCAUCAAUCAAACAAAGAAAAUGAAACUAAUUUUGUGAAGAAAAAAAAAUCAAUGGAAUGGUUUGCAGAGAGUGAAGAAUGACAAGGCUCAACUAAAGCACGCUGGAGUCACAGCUACAGAAUGGCAAACCAAAUGCAAGAAAGUGUCAAAUGGGACGGUUACCCAGUUGUACAAUGGUCUUUAGCUUCUGUUAUUUUUCAAACAUUUGUAAAAGUCAUACAAAUUAUAGUAAUAACUAAACAUACCAAAAUAAGGUAAAAAUACUUUCUGAAGUUGUGACUGAUAAUAUACAGUUCUAAUUUGAUACUUCUUUGUCUUCAAAUUCAGUGCUGUCAUCUCAGGUACCAGUUCAGUUGUGGUCUGAACUUCCUCACCAGCUUAAAAGGUUAAACGAGAAGACAAAAGAGCUAGUAUAAAAGAGAAACCAAUUAAGGUCAUAACACUGAAACAUCUAAUUAAUAUAUUCUGGAAACAGUACUGACAUAUGUGGCCACUUUACCAGUGAACAAGUCUAGCAACAUAGGGAUGUGGUCCGUGUGGAAAAUCAGAAUGUGACUCUUCUGUAACAGAAAAUGCACGCUACACUGUACAAUAUUUUAUAGUUUGUUCACAAAAGUGUUGAAAUGUUAAACACUGUCCCUUUCCUGUAAGCUUUUUCUCGGAAUUUUUUUUUUUUUUUUUGAGCAUUUUUUGGGACUGUUUGGCUAGUUAGUAACAGAAAUAUUUGUCAGUGGUCACACAGUAACUUUACAGAUAGGCUUAUAACCAAAAGGAUUAGCCUGUUUCAUAAGUCGAUGUAUCUGAAACCCAUCUCAUUGCCUAAAUAAUGUAUACAGAUGAGUACCUAAACGUGUUUCUUAGAAGAACUCCAGCAAUAUUUUAGGAACUGUAUUUUGCAAUUGACUCAGCAGAAUAGAAAAACACUACAUUUCAUUUUCUGUACAAUAAAUAAAAAAAUAAAAUCCCUGAAGAGCAUCUGAUAGUUAUUAUAUGAGUAUGUAAGUCAAUAUGAUCAACAUAGUUAAGAAUCUAAGUAUUUAUUAUCAAAAACACAAGCAUAAAACUGAAGUGCACCAUGAUUCUCCUCGUGAAACACUUCAUUUCCAACUCCAAUUUCCUUUUGAGAAUGUAACUGUAAAUCUGUGUUGAUGUUUACUCUGACUUUUGCGUUCCACUUCAGACCUCACUUAUCUGUUCCCAUGAGAGCAGCUCGCAGACACAAGCCUCAUCCAAAAGUUCAAUACCCUGUAUGAUACUUUCAGAAACAGGAAAAGUACAUUUUAUAUUU